AUGCUUGAGACAGAUAUUAUCAGUUUCGAAGCUAUCCGGGGAGGGUUCAGUCUUCUCAAAGUUCCGAUACUAGUGGACAAAGGCGACUUUGAUGGUGUCCAUAUCGCUGCCCACCAUUUGUCGCAGGACUUUGCCAAGGUAACAGAUGAUGCGGCUAACCAGGUUGUCACGAAUGUUGCUGAGCUGCAUGGCGCGCGUAAAGCAAUCAUUAUUGGCACCCUCGAAAGGUCCAUCACCCUUCAAAGCUUGAGUGCGACGGGAAAGUUGGAGCUAUCAACUAUAGCUAAUGGAUGGGAAUGCUUUACGACACAGCUGAUCCGUGAUCCGUUCCCAGGCUGUGAUGCUGCUCUGGUAAUUGCAGGAAGUGACAAGAGGGGAGCAAUCUUUGGCACCUACACGAUAUCAAACCAAAUUGGUAUUUCUCCUUGGUAUUUCUGGUCCGAUGUCCCACCCCAGAAACAUUCCAAUAUUUUCGCCCGGGACGUCCAAACCCGUCAAGGGCCCCCAAGCGUAAAGUAUCGUGGAAUAUUCAUCAAUGACGAGGCUCCUGCACUGUCAGGAUGGGUUCACGAAAAUUAUGGGGACAAGUUCAAUACUGAGUUCUAUAAGAACGUUUUUGAGCUCUUGUUAAGGCUCAAGGCGAAUUUUCUUUGGCCAGCUAUGUGGUUUGGCUUUCCUCACCCGGGCCAAAGCUUCUUCGUUGACGAUCCAUUGAACCAAGAAAUGGCUGACAAGUACGGUAUCGUCAUAUCCACUUCACAUCACGAGCCGAUGCAGCGGGCAGCCAACGAAUGGUUUUCAGAACCAUACCAUCAAGCGGAUGGUAGUUGGUCAUGGCUUGCAAAUAGAGAAAAGAUUACGAAAUUCUUCAAUGAAGGGGCGGAAAGAGCCAAGCCCUACGAAAGCUACAUCACUGUAGGUAUGCGAGGUGAAGGUGAUAGGAAGAUUGUGGGCAGCAACCCGCAAGCUGUCAUUUCUGAUGUGUUGAAGACCCAGAGGGAGAUAUUCAAGCAUCACUAUGGGAAGGAAGAUGGUCCCAACCAGGUGAUUGCUCUCUACAAGGAGGUUCAGCAACAGUUCUCCGCUGGUCUCGAUAUUCCUGGAGAUAUCACACUAUUGUUCUCUGAUGACAACUAUGGUACGGCUCGAAGACUUCCAUACGGUGAUGAAUUGAAACGCUCGGGUGGAUCUGGGAUUUACUACCAUUUUGAAUAUGUUGGCCACCCACGUUCAUACACGUGGCUCAACAGCAAUCAUGUUCCCAAAGUUCAACAGCAAUUGAGCCAUGCAUAUACGAAUGGGGCUAGGCAGAUCUGGGUUUUCAACGUUGGGGACUUGAAGCCCAUGGAGAUCCCCUUGACCUUUGCCCUAAUGCAUGCUUGGGACGUCACGAGGUACACGCACUCAAACUUGGACCAAUAUUUUGGUCUGUUUGCUCGCAACACCUUCGGGUCCCUGCCAAACAUUACCGACGAUAUUUCUUCACUUCUCUGCACAUACGAUCGCUUGGUAGCACUACGCAAGCACGAUCAUAUUGAGCCGGAUUCAUUCUCCUUGGCACACUACAGUGAAGCUGAAGUGAUUGAAAAGCAGUGGAAGGGUAUUCUAUCCAAGGCAGAAGCUCUUUACGUGGUAGUAGACAGAGACAUGCAGGCUGCGUUUUAUGAGCUUGUACUGCACCCUAUCAAGGCCACUACUAUAUUCAUUUCUCUCCGAGUGGCGCAAGCUAAGAACAGGCUCUACGCCUUGCAGAGAAGGAAUGAGGCAAACCACUGGGCGGAAGAGGUCCUACGCCUGUUCAACGCGGAUGCUGAUCUCAGUCAAGAGUACCAUCGCUUGCUCAAUGGAAGAUGGAACCAUAUCAUGCGCCAGCCGCAUUUGGGGUACAGAGAACUCGAUUAUGCACCGUCGCGCAACAUGAUUGAGGGUGUAUCGUACGUUCAGACCAGGGAGGAUUCAAAUCCCAUCAUGGGGCAUCUUGGAAUCGCAGUCGAGAAUCAUGCGGGCACGCGACCCGGCCUUAUUUGCGAGGAGGCCGAUCGUACUCAUCCCACACGAAGGGACCUUGUUCCUAGUGUCACUCUACCACCUCUAGAACCAUUUGGUGCAGAAUCGAGGUGGUUUGAGAUUUUCUCUCGCAGUACGCGCGAGUUUAUUUGGACGCUCAGUGUUCCAUAUCCUUGGGUUCGUCUUUCCCGAGAGACUGAUAUCAUGAAGCCUCAUUCUCCGUCUGCUCGGAUUGAAGUCUCUAUCGACUGGCCACAGGUACCCGACGGCUUUGAAGAGGAGAUAUUGAUUGAGAUUCGAUCUUCAAUGGGCGAUUUCGACUACGUCCAUGCCAAGGUGGUGAAUCGUACCAUACCCUCUGGCUUUACCGGAUUUGUCGAGUCUGACGGCUACGUGUCUCUGCAUGCUACAAAAUGUGUCCAGCCAGACCUCUCUGUCUACCAGAUUCUCCCUUUCCUUGGAAGAACGGGUGAUGGUGCAGUCGGACUCCAGGAGGAUAUAAAAGGCCCUACUGGCUUUCUAUCAUAUCCAUUUCACACAUUUACAUCGGCCCCGGACUCUAGGAUCGUUCUGUACUUCACGUUUACGCUUGACACAAACCCGGAACGACCAUUGACUUACGAUGUUGUAAUUGAUGAUGGCAAUCUAGAGACUCAUCGUUUAGUCCGCGAGCCAGUCGUUGCUGGUGACCUGCCGCCAGGCUGGCUCUCGACAGUCAUGGACUGCGCAUGGACUAAACACCACAAUGUGGACCUUGGUAUCACGGGUACCCACCUACUCAAGAUUCGCUUGAACGAACCAAACUGUCUGUUGGAAAAGGUUGUUGUCGACCUGGGCGGAGUAAAAGAGAGCUACAUUGGUCCGCCUCAAAGUUUGUUCAUUCAUUUGUGA